AUAGAUAUUGGUAAAUAUUGAGACAACUCUGCAAAAUGAGUCUUACUUCUGCUGCCGGUAUAAUAUCGCUGCUCGAUGAGCCAAUGCCUGAUUUAAAGGUGUUUGCUUUGAAGAAGCUGGAUCAUAUAGUUGAUGAAUUUUGGCCAGAAAUUUCGGAGUCUAUUGAGAAAAUCGAAAUGUUACAUGAAGAUAGAAGCUUUCCAGAAAAUAAGUUAGCUGGGAUGGUUGCAUCAAAGGUUUUCUACCAUUUGGGGUCGUUCGAAGAUGCGCUCACAUAUGCAUUAGGUGCUGGCGAUUUGUUCGAUGUUAAUGCCCGGAAUGAGUAUACUGAAACCAUCAUUGCUAAAUGCAUUGAUUUUUAUAUUGCUCAGAGAGUAGCUUUCAUUGAAACACCAAAGGAAGCAAAGCCAGUGGAUGCACGUUUGGAAGCAAUUGUUAACCGAAUGAUUCAGCGCUGCUUAGAUGAUGGACAGUAUCGUCAAGCUUUAGGUAUUGCAUUGGAAACCAGACGUAUGGAUAUUUUUGAGGUUUCAAUCAUGAAAUCGGACGAUGUUGGCGGUAUGCUGGCAUACGCUUACAACGUGACAAUGUCCUUGAUACAAAAUCGUGGUUUCCGCAAUGAAGUACUACGUUGUUUGGUCGGACUCUACCGCGACUUGGGAGUUCCAGAUUACGUAAAUAUGUGCCAGUGUUUAAUUUUCUUGGAAGAUCCUCUCGCCGUCGCCGAAGUUUUGGAUAAACUCACUAGAUCAUCUAAGGAGGCCAACAACUUGAUGGCUUAUCAAAUUGCAUUUGAUUUAUAUGAAUCUGCAACGCAAGAAUUCUUGGGUAAUGUAUUGCAGGCUCUAAAGGAAACCGCACCAAUUCCCACCGCCCUUCCAAGUACAUUCAAACCGCAAGGGACUAACAGCACUACUAAAACCGACGAGGAAAAGGCCAAGGAUGAGACUGAGAAACCGGAGGAGCCUGAAGUCGAUGUCAAAGUUGAACGUACUGUCGAUUCUUUAAAUGACUCGGAAAAAGCCCAUCAAAAAAAUAUUGAAAAACUAAUCUCUAUUCUAUCGGGUGAGGUAACGAUUGAUUUGCAACUGCAAUUUCUUAUACGCAGUAACCACGCAGAUUUGCAAAUUCUACGAGCAACUAAAGAGGCUGUACGUGUAUCGAUCUGUCAUACUGCUACAGUUAUUGCCAAUGGUUUCAUGCACAGUGGUACAACUUCUGAUCAGUUCUUACGCGAUAACCUCGACUGGUUAGCACGCGCCACUAACUGGGCAAAACUCACGGCGACUGCAUCGCUAGGUGUGAUACAUCGCGGACAUGAAAAAGAUUCAUUGGCUUUAAUGCAAAGCUAUCUGCCUAAAGAAGCUGGUCCCAGUUCCGGAUAUUCUGAAGGCGGUGGCCUAUAUGCUCUUGGCUUAAUUCAUGCUAAUCAUGGUGCCAAUAUUAUUGAUUAUUUAUUGCAACAGUUGAAAGACGCUCAAAAUGAAAAUGUUCGUCAUGGUGGUUGUUUGGGUUUGGGUUUGGCUGCCAUGGGUACCCAUCGUCAGGAUCUGUAUGAACAACUGAAAUUUAACUUGUAUCAAGACGAUGCAGUUACCGGCGAAGCUGCUGGCAUUGCAAUGGGUAUGGUUAUGUUGGGAUCUAAGAAUGCCCAAGCUAUAGAAGACAUGGUUUCGUAUGCUCAAGAAACUCAACAUGAAAAAAUUUUACGUGGUCUUGCAGUUGGCAUUUCACUCACAAUGUUCGCUCGCCUCGAGGAAGCUGAUCCACUAAUUACCAGUUUAUCUACAGAUAAAGAUCCUGUUCUUAGACGAUCUGGAAUGUAUACAAUUGCAAUGGCUUAUAAUGGAAGCGGAAGUAACAAAGCUAUUCGUAAGCUUUUGCACGUCGCAGUAUCCGACGUCAACGAUGAUGUACGUCGUGCUGCUGUAACGGCUAUUGGUUUUAUAUUAUUCCGCACCCCUGAACAGUGCCCUUCUGUCGUUAGUCUACUGGCAGAAUCUUAUAAUCCCCAUGUACGUUAUGGUGCAGCUAUGGCUUUGGGAAUUGCAUGCGCUGGUACUGGAUUAAGGGAUGCUAUUGCAUUAUUGGAGCCUAUGGCAAGACUAGACCCAGUAAAUUUUGUCCGCCAGGGUGCGUUGAUUGCUUCGGCGAUGAUUUUAAUCCAACACACCGAUCAAACUUGCCCGAAGACUUCAUUCUUCCGUUCUCUCUAUGACGAAGUUAUUUGCAACAAGCAUGAAGAUGUCAUGGCUAAAUUUGGAGCCAUUUUAGCUCAAGGUAUCAUUGAUGCGGGAGGAAGAAAUUGUACUCUCUCAUUACAGUCGCGUACUGGUCACACCAAUUUACAAGCAGUUGUUGGCUCACUCGUUUUUACCCAAUACUGGUAUUGGUUCCCAUUGGCUCAUUCCCUAUCCUUGGCUUUUAUACCAACCUGCGUAAUUGGUCUCAAUUCCGACUUGAAAAUGCCUCUAAUGAAAUUCAAAUCUUCCGCUAGACCAUCAAUGUAUGCUUAUCCAGCUCCGCUAGAAGAGAAAAAGUCGGAAGAACGUGAGAAAGUUGCUACUGCUGUUCUUUCCAUUGCUGCACGACAAAAACGUCGUGAAACUGCUGAUAAAAAAGAAGAAGAAAAGAUGGAUGUUGAUGAAGAAAAUAAGGAUUCUGCCACCCCAAGCUCCAAGAAGGAAGAUGAAAAACCCAAGUCUGACGAGAAAACGGACAAACCCGAUGAGAAACAAAAAAAGAAGGUAGAAUUCAAAAAAGAUGACGAAAAAGAAAAGGAUAAGGAUAAAACCGAGCCUUCGUCCGACAAGGAAAAGGAAAAGAAAGAUGAGAAAGAAAAACAAGAAAAGGAACCUAAAUUUGAAAUUUUAGAAAAUCCAGCACGCGUCAUGCGCCAACAACUCAAGGUUUUGAGCGUUGCUGAAAAUCAGUCAUAUAUUUCUCUGAAGGAUGUUACAAUUGGUGGAAUAAUUGUCAUGCAACACACUGGUAAAACUAAAGAACAAAAAUUAGUAGAACCUGUGGCUGCCUAUGGUCCCAAAAAUGAUGAUAUCAAAGAGCCUGAACCACCAGAGCCAUUUGAAUACAUUGAAGAUUAAAUAUGGUAAUUCGUAAUCCAUUUAUCUAUCAAUACUUUUUAUAUAUUAAAAACACCUUUUAGAGGUAUCAUAAAUAUAAAUGUUUAAUGAUUAACAACAGUUUGUCAUAUUUACAGUUUAAUAAACGAUAUAACAUAUUCCAAAUAAA